GAUUGGCGAUGUUGCGUUGAAACAUGCGCUGCCUGAGAACAGGCUCGCAACCUUUCAAGUGGCCUCGCAAUUCAAUUGCCUGGAGUUUGUGGGCCCAUCAGUGGUGCCGGAGGAUGGUAUCACAGGUUAUGUUAUGGACCGAACGCAAGGCCCUGCCUGUUCCAUCGCCUGUGGCCCCGCGACUGCUUUCCGCAAUUUCUUCGUGCCCAUGCCUUCGGGACAGGAAGGGCAACGGAAGGGAAUGCAAAUCAACAACCUGGAGGAUUUCUCUGCCGAGCUCCAGCGACUCUGCCAGCCCGAGCCUUCGGGCCUCGAAGGGCGCCCCGAAGGGCGCCUAGGCGCCGCGCCCUUCUUCCGAGUGACCAGUGGCUACACGCAAGCGUCACACCGAGAGUUGCAGAAGCUCAACAGAUCUUUGUCGCGCCUUUCCAACGAAGACCUGGAGGCGCUCCGCGACACGCUGCGCAUCGGCCUGCAUGAGGAGGUGCAAGUGACGGCCACCGCAUGGGGAGCCAAGCGCUUGGCGACGGAGGAGCAGCUAGUGACGCAAGUGUUUGGUUCUGCCUGUUCAGUGGCUUACAAUCGGGACAGUUCCAGCGAAGAUUGGCAGCCCUUGGCAACGCUGAUCUUAGAGGCAUCAUAUGAGGCAACUCUUUUGGCAGCCUUGAAGCAAGCGAAAAAACAUGCUGGACAGGAGGGCUCAAAGAAAGUCUUCCUGACUUGCUUGGGAGGUGGUGUUUUUGGCAAUUCCAUGGAGUGGAUCGUGCAGGCCAUGGACCGUGCGUUUCAGCGGCUGCACGGCGCGGAUUUGGACGUGCGCAUCGUGACCUAUGCAGGCUCGCCAGGUCCCGAGCUCAGAUGCUUGGAACGCUGAGCGAACGCUGGGCGGAA